AUGCAUGCGGAUUUUCACACGGGAUUUCUUGGAGAAAGGCAAGCGGGUAAAUCGACAUGUGGCACAGCUGCUCUCCUACCUCCAGGUCGAGUAGACCGUUUGACAGGUCAAGCAGGAGGAGCAGCCUCGGAGAUUUCCAGGGCUCGCAAUGCAGCUUUGGAGCGAGGCGAAAAACUCAGCCAUUUAGAUGCACAGACCCAAGAAAUGAUGGAACAAUCAAAGAACCUAAGCAAGACCGCGGCUAUGCUGGCGGCAAAAUAUGAGAAGCAUGACAAAUGGUGGGGUGUUUGGCCGCGGUGA